UCCAAGAUGGCGGCUUCCAGUGCGCUGUAUCGUACAUCAUCGCAUUUGAAAGCUAAAUAUUACUAUCUCCCGAUCGUGUAAACUUAUGGGGAGGCAGAACAGAGGAAGCCUAGCGGGACCGAGUUGUACCCGGUGAAACGCGGAAACGGUUUCUCCAUGGUGUGUUCGUGCGAGGAACCGGUUUCGGUGUUGGUCUAAAGGGGGUUGUGUUAUACGAGUAUGGCCACCGAGAACAGGAUCAAUUUUUGGAGGAGAAAUGCAAAGGUUCCCGGAAGGUAUCUCAAAGACACAAAGCCCAAAUUCAACAAUCUCAAGUCUAAAAAGGCCUCUAGUUUCCAUGAGUUUGCCCGCAGCACUAACGAUGCUUGGGACAUUAACGAUGAGGAGGACGAGGAAUUCCUUGGGACCCCUUUCCCUUCAUCCUUGCCAUCGGGGUUGCCCUCUCCAUCCUCGCAGAACCAGCAAAUUCAAGCUGGUGACACAGAAACUGUGGUGUCACAAAGACUGGCACCUCCCCAGACAGAAGCUCAAAACCUCCAGGAUGUGCAGGAGGAGGACACAGAGUGCAAGCAUGUCAAUGGCAAGAUUGUCAGGUCUACCAGUGACACCCACCUCAACACGUCCUCAGUUCGCUCCACACUGCAGAAGCAACACACUCUACCAGUUCGUCCCAUCAUCCCACUCGUGGCUCGCAUCUCAGACCAGAACGCAUCGGGGGCACCACCCAUGACGGUGCGAGAGAAGAGCCGGCUGGACAAAUUCAAGCAGCUGCUGGCUAGUCCCAACACUGACCUUGAGGAGCUCCGGAAGCACAGCUGGUCGGGCAUACCAAGAGAAGUCCGCCCAGUCACAUGGAGACUUCUCUCUGGCUACCUGCCUGCCAACAAGGAGCGCAGAGAGCUGGUGCUAAAGAGGAAGCGAGAAGAAUACUUUGGCUUCAUAGAACAGUAUUACCACUCCAGAACAGAUGAGAACUUUAAAGACACAUACAGACAGAUCCACAUUGACAUUCCAAGAACCAACCCUCUGAUUCCCUUGUUCCAGCAGCCCGUCGUGCAGGAGGUGUUUGAACGUAUCCUCUUUAUCUGGGCCAUCCGCCACCCAGCCAGCGGUUACGUACAGGGAAUCAAUGAUCUGGUCACACCAUUCUUCGUCGUCUUCCUGUCCGAGUUUGUCAUGGAGGAUGUGGAGAACUUUGAUGUGGCGGCACUGCCUCUGGACACCCAGAGAAACAUCGAAGCUGACAGCUUCUGGUGCAUGAGCAAGCUGCUGGAUGGAAUACAGGACAACUACACCUUUGCUCAACCUGGAAUCCAGAACAAAGUGAAAGCUUUAGAGGAGCUGGUCAGCAGGAUAGAUGAGGACAUUCACAAUCAUUUCAAGAAGUAUGAGGUGGAGUACCUGCAGUUCGCUUUCCGGUGGAUGAACAAUCUGCUGAUGAGGGAGCUGCCACUGCGUUGCACUAUUCGUCUCUGGGACACUUACCAGGCUGAAGCAGAGGGUUUCUCUCGCUUCCACCUAUAUGUCUGUGCUGCUUUCCUCAUUGAGUGGCGCAAAGAAAUCCUCUCCAUGGUUGAUUUUCAGGGUCUUCUUAUGCUACUGCAGAACCUUCCUACGAUCCACUGGGGUAAUGAGGAGGUGGGCCUCCUCCUGGCUGAAGCUUACAGACUGAAGUACAUGUUCGCAGAUGCACCCAGCCACUACAAGAGAUAGGCCCGUGACUGCAUCACAGCAAACACGGUACCUUAACCAGACUGUGACUGGAUGGAGCCACAGCUUCUGAGAUGUUCCAGACAUCAGAGUAUUGUAUUUGAGGUCACCUGGAAGAGAUGUAUUCAAGUACAUUUCCAACAUGCCUGCAGGAUGGUAUCUCAGAGCCACAAAACCUAUCCUGUGAAAAUGAAGUCCGAUGAAUGUCACAUUAGAUUUCAGUUUAUGGUGCAUCCAUAAAGCUUGGUGAAUAUGAGACAAUUUGCAGUUGAGACACUGCACUGUUUCAAAGGACUGUUACAGUAUAAAUUAAAACAUUGCUAUGCUUGGUUUACUUUUAUUGCUUUUGGUCAGGCAAGGUUGUUUCUUGCGUGAAAAGCACACAGAAGAACUUGCUGUGAUUUAAAGGGAUGAUGAAUGUUUGUGAGAUCAUCCUUCUAGUGAGAGAAGGUAUCUACCAAUUGUUAUUUUACAGAUUUGUUUUUGAAGUUGUUUUACAAUGUAAUGCUAUUAGACAACGACACUACUAGACUGACACUCUCAAACUAUUGCAUAUUAGAUUUUGGUCCAGGAUUACCAAAUCUGCAUUGUACAAUCAACUAUAAAGAUUAGUUUGGAUUUCAAUCAGCCAGUUUAAUUGACAUUGAUAUUUUGGGUUGUAUUUGGAUAUAAGACCCGAGAGUAGCAAGUAAGAGGUACUGUGUCUCAUUUCAGCUUGUGUUUUGGGUUAAAAUGAAGGGAUUGAUUUGAUAUUUUUUCACCUUCCUGGUCAUUAAGGAUGAGUUAAUUAGUGGAGUUUUUUUAAUCGCGAUGAGACUCUCAUAUAAAUAGCACAAAAUGAGAUCAGCAACAACUGGUCAGUUUUGACUCUAGAGUGUUAAUUUUGAGUGUUAAUGUAUAAUAACAGCAGUAGUCUUAUAAAUAAUCCUACAAGCCCAAUUCCAAAAAAAAUCGACACACUGUGUAAAACAUGAAUAAAACAUAAUGUACUAAUUUGCUCAGUUGAAAACAGUCCAAAGAUUAUAUUAAAUGUUUUUAACUUCAUUGAUUUUUGUAAAUAUAUGUUUCUUCUCGAUUUGAUACAAGCAACACAUUUUAAACAAGCUGGGACAGGCGCAUCAGAUACUGAGAAAGCUGUGGAAUACUCAAAAAAAAAAAAACAACACCUGGUUGACCAUUCCACAGGUAAAUGGGUUCAUUGGUAACAGGUGAUGGUAUCCUGAUUGGGUAUGCAAGCAUGCUUCAAAAGCUCAGUCGUUCACAAGCAAGGAUUUUCAGAAAUUUGAGUGUGAUUUCAGUUGGAAACCACCUUGUAUCAUUUUGCAUCUUAACGGUACAAUACAGUACAAUAGGUGCUUGCCCUUUAGGCUGUGGCCCAAGUCUCAGUUUUGGCCCCUCAAACGAAAAACUUUUGUGCACCCCUGGCGUGAAGGUUAUUACUACAUGGACUCAGGAAAACUUUGUAGAACCAUUUUUGGUGCAGACAUUUUGUUUGAGAAUGAUGGCAUUUUUAUUUAAGUUUUACACAGGAACCUGGCUUUUUUUGGAGUUGGGGUUGUAUAUCCAUACAAGAGUAUCAAAUUUGAAAAAAAGCUUGAAUUCCUCAGUUUAGAAUAACAUUCAGAAUGAUUUAUGGCAUUGAAGAUGUUUUUUAAAUGGAGGAAUGUCCUUUGUCUGUGCUUGUUGGUACUUAAGAACAUUUACUCACGUCCUACUUGAGACUGUCUUGUGGACACAGUGCAGCUCACAAUGUAUAACAAUGCCUUUGUUGGGAGUCUUUGUAAUGUACUCCUGUCUUUCAAAGUGUGACAUGGAUAAAUGCUUUGUUAUCAUUAAUGCUUGGAUUUUAUAUUUGUCUGCGGUUCAGGUUAGGUUUAUGUUGUGUCUGCAACGUUUUUCCAGUCGGUGACAUGACUACAAGAUUUGAGUCUGUGUGUUUCUACUCAUCUACCUUCAUUACCAAUGAUAAUUAUAACGACAUGUAUGUUUGAAAGAUGUGACAAUCAUGAGCCUUUGGCACUGUGAUUGCCCUACCAUUAUAUGUGUUUUUAAGGUUUUUGCUUUUUACGUGUGAAAAUGUAACCAUUGUGAAGUAAAUGCUUUGUGAGGCUGUAGCAGAGUUUAAAAUCAGAAUUUAGUGUAAACUAAAUUCCCAGUUACUUCCCUGAUCAUUGUAGACUACAACAAAAUAAAUGAUGAAACAUUUUUCAUUGUUAGAAUGAGUCUUAAUUCGUAUUCAGGAAUUAUUAAGUCAACAAAUAUACCUAGAUAAUAUAAUGCCAUAAAGUUACAUAAUGAGAUUAUGUUCAAUGAAGUGCUUCAGAAGAUACUGUAGUACUUAAAUUGAGUUGGUGAAAGAUUUUCAUUUUGGAAAAAUCGCUGUUGUAUAACUAUGUAUGGUUUACUUGUUGUCAAUUAAGUCACGUAUUAUCUUGUGCUCAUCAGUCUUGUUUAAACUCAUCUGAAAUGUUUUGAAUAUUUUUGUGAGUGUAAGUAUGCCUUUAGCCUUAAAGAAGUUUUUUUUUUUUUCUCCAUUCAGGAGCGCCAACUGAUUGUGUCACCACAGAAAUGGUACGUUCACUCCACACUGUUUUUAAUUUAAAUGUCCUCCAGUUAUGAUGCUGACAACUAAAGGCUAACAAAAAUGAAAACUUGAUUAGUUUCAGAAGUGUUUAUGCUGUUUCAGCAAUAAUAUGCCAAAUCUUCAGUGGGUCAAUACAAUCUGUUUUAAAGUGCUUCAGUAGUCAGUGCUGGUGUCAGUCUUAAAUUAAGAAUAAAUUAUUAAAUUAUUACAGUACCUGCUGUAUAUGAACUUCUUGUUUAUAUUAAAUGUUCUUUGUUUUGG